CCAGGGUUCUAACCUUUUCCCUUUAGAUUGUCGCUUGAGCUAGCCUGAGUUUCAAUUCGAUUCAAUUCACUGGAGGAAGCCCGUUUCUGUUGCUGGAACAACAUGUGAAACAGAUAAUUGGGGAUUGUAGUUGUAUCGUGAAAUUUGGCACAAGAAAUCUGUUUUAAUGUCGGGCGCCAAUAAUAAGGACGAUGAUUCGUCCAUUGAGAUGGGUAUUCCGUCCGGACUAAAUCGUAUUAAGACUCGACGAGUAUCUUCUUCGAAGGAUGGGUUGAGUUCCUCCGAAGUUGACGAUUUGCCUUCGGUCAUCAAUUCCCAAACAGUGAUUCGUGAGAGAUCCUCUAGCGGAGUUCCUAAGCCUCUGGAAAAGAAGAUAACGGUAGAGGAAAAGCAUGGGAAGACCGAUGGAGGUCAAAAAGGACAUCGUAAAGGGAGUAAGAUUGCUCGAUGGUUCAGUUCAUAUCUCACUAAGGAUUCUAACCAAGCAUUUAAUGAUAUUUCUUCAAAUACUGAGAUCGGAAAUUCAGCUGCUAAGUCACUUGAUAAGGAAGUUUUUGUUGGAACGAAAUAUAGUGCAGCUCAGAAAUAUUUAAUUGGAAAGCAAUCAUCAAAGUACAGCAUAUCCACAAGAAAAUUACCAAAAGGUAUAAGCUUUUCCCAUGAAUUGGGACCAAAAGGUGGUAUUCGACAUGCUCAGCUGCGAGCUCACAGCUAUAAUGAUUUGAAGGAGCUUUUGGGAUCUUUGCAUUCAAGGUUUGAUACUGCAAAAGAAGUGGUGAAUGUAGAGCUGGCUAAUUUUGCCGGGGAUCUUGUGGAUAUUCUAGAGAGGAAGGGCUCCUCAUCUCCAAAAGGACAUAAAGUAAUGGAGGACCUCCUAAUUUUUGCCAGGAAAUGUGUGGAGAUGACCUCAUGCGAGUUCCGUGCAAAGUGUGAGGGGAUCGUGCAGGAUCUAGCAGAGAAAAGGUGGAACCAUGAAGCAGGAUUACUGAAGCAGCUCUUUACACGUAUGCUUUUCAUUUUGACUCGCUGCACGAGGCUAUUGCAGUUUCAGAAAGAUAGUGAGCCAAUCAAUGAGGAUUCUCUUCAUAAACUUAAGAAAUGUUUAGAAAGUAUUCCUGCUGUUGAAAUGCGCUGGUUGCCCAAACCAGGCAGUGCAGAUUAUGGUUCAGGUAGUGCUUUGAAACAGAAGGACAGUAACAAACAUCAAUUGCAGGGAGGGGAUAAGGUAUAUGAUAAGGUAUAUACUGUCCCUGUGAUGUCCUGUUCUGGAUCUGAAGAACUAUCGGAUGACAGUGACACCACUUCCAAAAAGAACUCUGAUGCUUUAGUAAAAAAGUCAUUUUCUCAAAAUUCACAGAUUGAUGAUUUCCAUUCAAGUGAAAGUAGAAUCUUGGAAUCUGAUCCAUGCAACUCUGCUUCUCGUAAAAGGAAGGUUUUCUCCUCAUACCAGGAUGUGGCCAUUCAACAGUGCCAUAAAUCUGAUGAUAUUUUACCUGGAAAGUUUAUUCAUAAGUCCUGUUCCAGUUCACUUAAUGAACAAGAGCAGUCUUUUGAUGAAUCUGAUUCAGUUAUCUGUCGGAUCUGUGAGGAAACUGUUCCAACUUCUCAUUUGGAAUCACAUUCCUAUAUAUGUGCAUAUGCAGAUAAGUGUGAUUUAAAAUGUUUGGAUAUAGAUGAACGCCUCUCAAAGCUCGCAGAGAUAUUGGAACAAAUUGUAGAUUCUUGUGGUGUGAAUUUUCAUGAACCCUAUAACAGUCCUGAUAUUUCAAGAGUACAGACAACAAGCUCCUUGGUUGGAUCAGAAGGGAAUUCUCCCAAAAUAAUUGAGUGGCACAACAAAGGAGUGGAAGGAAUGUUUGAAGAUCUCCAUGAGAUGGACACAGCUUGUUUAGAUGAUUCUCAUCUUUCUACUUCCGGUAAUUUGAAGGGUCAAUUUGGUCUAAAGUUUGGCUCUGGUGCACUGGCGUCUAAUGGAAGUGUCACAUCAUUAUCCUCCACAAAUACCCCAAGGGCAAGCCAUUUUGAUUUGUUCUGGUUAGAACACAACAAUCCCUCUGAGCCAGAGGAUGUACGGCAGUUGACUGACCUUGCAGACAUAGCCCGCUGUGUGGCAAGCACACAUCUUGCAAAAGAAGCAGCUUCUGAGUAUUUGCUUGCAUAUAUGAAUGAUUUACAGUAUAUUUUACAGCAAAGCAGGGUGAAAGCUCUUGUAAUUGACACGUUUGGGAGCCGAAUAGAGAAUCUUAUUAGGGAAAAAUAUAUACUAGCUUGUGAGCUAAUGAAUGGAAAAAGUAUCAGGAGUGAAAACAAGGAUAAAGAAGGUGUUGAAUUCACUGUGGAUAGUGCAUCACAGAGUAGUGCACUGUCAUCUCCUUCACAUUCCUCUCACAGUACAAGCAUCGAUGACUUUGAAAUUAUGAAACCAAUCAGCCGUGGUGCCUUUGGGAAAGUCUUUCUUGCACGAAAACGAACAACAGGAGAUCUAUUUGCCAUAAAGGUACUCAAGAAAUUAGAUAUGUUACGGAAAAAUGACAUUGAGAGAAUAUUAGCAGAACGUAACAUAUUAAUUACAGUUCGAAACCCGUUCGUGGUCCGGUUUUUCUAUUCAUUCACCUGCAGAGACAACCUUUAUCUGGUUAUGGAGUACCUCAAUGGAGGUGAUCUGUACUCCUUGCAAAGAAAUGUUGGCUGCUUGGAGGAAGAUGUAGCUCGUAUCUAUAUUGCUGAACUGGUUCUUGCUCUAGAGUAUCUCCAUUCUCUGGGAAUCGUGCAUCGUGAUUUGAAGCCAGACAACAUAUUGAUUGCACAUGAUGGGCACAUCAAGCUUACAGAUUUUGGACUAUCAAAGAUUGGCCUUAUGAAUCGCACAGUUGAUUUGUCUGGAUCUGGGAUAAAUGAGACUACCUUUUUCAAUGGCCAUGACCUGCAUACUUCUUUUGAACAUGCUCAACAACCAGAGGAAAGUCGGGAUUCAGCUGUUGGCACACCUGAUUACUUGGCACCUGAAAUUCUUCUUGGAACUGAGCAUGGUUAUGCUGCAGACUGGUGGUCAGUGGGAAUUAUCCUAUUCGAGCUUAUAACAGGAAUUCCACCUUUCAAUGCUGAGCGUCCUGAGAUAAUUUUUGAGAGCAUCCUAAACGGGAAAAUCCCUUGGCCUUCUGUUACGAGCGACAUGUCAUUUGAGGCCCAAGACUUGAUUAAUAGGCUUCUUACUCAGAACCCGGAUCUGCGACUAGGAGCAAACGGAGCAUCGGGGGUAAAAGUGCAUCCAUUCUUCAAGGGAAUUAAUUGGGACACCCUUGCCUUGCAAAAGGCUGUCUUUGUACCAAACCCUGGGGGUGCAGAUGAUACAAGCUAUUUUAUGUCAAGGUUUUCACAAACUUCUAAUGGGAUACAUGAAGACCAAAACUGCAGUGAUUAUGCCUCUAACAGAACUGAUUCUCACUCAGAUACUGGAGUUGAGACAGAUGAAUGUGGUGACCUGGCUGAGUUUAACAAUUCCCCUCUAAACGUCGCAUUGAAUAAUUUCUCUUUCAAGAAUUUGUCACAGUUAGCAUCAAUUAAUCAUGACGUGCUCUUACAAAGUGGAAAAGGCACGUCAAAGUGCUCAUCCCCUGCAAGGGGUCCAAAUUCAUAGCAAAUUGCUUAUUGUAAUGCAGAGUUCGUUCUUUAAAUCUCCUUUUAGCCGUUACUGUAUUUACAAAAGAAGCAUUAAACAAGAAAGAGGGAAAUUACAAGUGGGAUAAAAACAUGGUUUUUCCUUUACAUCUCCAUUAAUGUAUCAGAAAACAUGUAUAUUCUUCAUGAUCUGGUCUUGC